AUGAUUCAGUAUGGCCGAUUAUCAAUGAUGGGUGUAAUUCGAUAUUCAUCCUUUCUGGAUACGACAGCAAUAGCAGGAACUUCAGAUGCUGUGAAUAGUUCAUCAAGUUUACAGGAGGAACAGUGCAAGAAUAAGAAUACUAAAGUUGUGUCAAGGUUGACCGAAAGGCAUCGUUUAAUUGCUGAAGGUCGUUUACCACCUGUGACUUAUGAAUGGGAGAAAGAGUUAUGGGCAAAACGUGAACGUUUCGGUACUUAUGGCUUGGCCAGUGGUGUUAAACCUGAAGAAUUAUGGCCCAGUGUUGAAGAGAUUCAGGAAGAAGAAGCUAUAGGAUGGUAUGCGAAGUACAGUGAUGCCUUAAAAGCUGUUGAAAAUGCGAAGAAGUCAGAACAUGCUAAUACUUUGGCAAGGCUUAAGGAAGUGGCAGCGCUUGAAAAUAAAUAUCCGGAAAUGUUGCGAGAGUUUUUGGAGAGUCAAAAAGAGGUGGUUCCGGUGAAAUCAAAACAGGAAUUAGAAGCGGAGCAGCAAGCUAAAGAUAUGCUUGAUUAUUAUGGCUAUGAAAUUUUGCCCAGUGAUCCACGAUUUCCAAUAUUGUUUGAAAAAAUGAUUGAAACAAAGAAGAAAGCAGCCAAAUUAACGGAGAAAGAGGAACUAUCGCUGAAGAAACGUACAUCGCGAAAGAAAGAAAAAGAGAAGAAACAAGAGAAAAAAGAUUCUUGA